CGUUGUCAACUGCCCCAGCGACACAGCGUCUUGCAUCUGUUAAAAAGAUGUGUCGUCCGGCGUACCGUCCGCGUCAGCUCGACGAUGAGGCACUCUCCUUGGGUCUCCAGUACCGCCAGGUGCUGGGGAUUCCUAUUCGCGUAGUCGAAGUAGACGGAUCUUUGCCUGUAACAUGUCUUGGUUUUUCGGAACAAACGCCUCGAAGUGUGUGUUGUGAAACGCCGACGCCGACACCAUGUUCUCUCUGCGAGUCUCCUUGUCAUUCUCGGCCGCCCGCCAAAGAUGCCACUUCUGUCCCACACCACCGCAUGAUUGACGGUGCCGAGGUGGCUCUUCCACACCAUGAAGGCCUUCGUACUACUGUUUUUUUCAUUCACGGUCUUGGAGGACGCGCGGGCCAAUUUCGUCACCAAAUUCACUUUCUCGCUCAGAGAGGUUGUCGCUGUAUUGCAGUCGACCUGCCUGGGCAUGGCGAGAGCAGAUUAGUUCCCUACGACAGCAGCAUGUUCACUCUCGAUAAAUCGAGGAAAAUCGUGAAAACCAUAUUUGAUGAGAUGAGUAACACGCGAACCUGCAAGCGUGUCAACGGGACAGACGGCGGAGAAAAAGAAUUAGGUGUGCGCGGAAGCAGACUCCGUCGACAUGCUGUAGUUGUAGGGCAUUCUCUGGGAUCCCUCUUUGCACUGACUCUGUUUGCUGACCUUGAAAAAGAGGGCCGGAACGCUGAAGUCAGUGGCAUCGUUCUUAUAGGAGCUCUGGGGGCGUAUCCUCACACAGGUGUUCAGCGCCUCCUUCUGUCGUGUAUCCCCGCCUUUGUCCUUGAAUUAGUUCGUGGUCUCAUCAAACGGCAAGUCCAGCGGCAACUUUACCACCCUGUCACGCUGCAACAUAACACCAGGCUGGUGUUCGCCGAAGACAGUGUCACUCGACAAAACCCAAUGCAUGUUAUCCUCUCUACUCUUCUAGACUUGCAGACAAGCCGGCCUAAGAAAUUCUUGGAGGAAGGCAUUGGAGCGUAUCACGAAGUUCCGCAGCGACCAUCGAUUCUCCUUCUGACAGGAGAAAAGGAUGCUGUCUGUCCCAUGAGGGACAACGCAGUGCUUCUGAAGAGAGAAUUGCUGGGGCUCUCACGUGCAUCUGUGAAGCAGCGAUGUCACGGCGCUGAAGAAAGACACGGGGCAAAGAAGCAGGCGCCGACGGACAACAAAAGCCGCCCUCACACCUGGGAAGAUCUCAGAGAGUUAUCAGAGACGAAAGUUGCGAAUGGAACAGAGAAAACAAAACAAGAAGUUACACACGAACAUCGUUUGGGGCCAAACGACGUGCCAAACAGGGGUGCUCCCCGAAAAUCUCAUACGGUUGAAAGCGAAAACGAUGCUCGCCCAGAUGUUGAGGUUGACGUUAUCCCGUGCACGGGACACAACUGCAUGCUAGAAGACCCGUAUACGACAAAUCGCAUGCUCUGGGAUUUCAUCAAGAAAGUGACACGAAAUUCGUGUGGAACCUCGAAUGUAAACAACUCGUGA